CUUGUGCAUUGUGGAGUGAACACGAACGCUUCCAUUCGCCUUUGCUUCGCACCGCGCGAUCUUUUCAAAAGUUUCGUCGAGUACCACAGACUUUACUGAAAAAUUCUAAUCGACUUUUGGAACGUUUAUGAAAUUACAUCGAUUCUUUUUUUUUGUAUCAAGCAGUUUUGUGUCAAUUUCGUUAUCAUCUGGAAAUAUCUAUUGAAAAGUGUUCGUCGGAAAGAGAGCUUUCUUGAUCUACUUGAAGCAAACUACCAACAAGUCUAGGAAACCAGAACAAGAAAAUCAUGGAGCAUCACAUAUUUUUGGUUAAAUGACAUCAGUUUUAUCAUUUAAAAAUCUAAUAUAAAAUUAGAAUAACAAACACUAUGAGACGCGAGCUCACCAAUCACAGAGCGAACCAUCGAAUACAACACUCGGGCAGACAUGAUAUCAAUGAACCUGUCGGUUGGUUUAUGAUGCCAAGUUAAAAAUACAGCAAAAUUAUGCCGACCGAAACAUGGGCCACAGACGAACCGUUGUACAAUGACAGUUUUAGCGCUUUCAGCAAAAAUAACUACACCAACACAACGGACCCGAUCGAGGAUAAAGCCAUCCAAGCCGCUUUCUGUGUGGCGUAUACAAUCAUUUUUGUCGUAGGAAUAUUCGGUAACGCAUUAGUAUGCUACGCCGUUAUAAGAAAUCGGGCAAUGCAAACUGUCACUAAUCUAUUCAUCACGAACCUGGCAUUAUCGGACAUAUUAUUAUGUGUGUUUGCAGUACCUUUUACGCCUCUUUACACUUUCCUUGGUAGAUGGGUGUUUGGCGGACUACUAUGCCACAUUAUGCCGUAUGCCCAAGGGUGUAGCGUAUAUAUUUCAACGCUCACUCUCACUUCCAUCGCUAUCGACAGGUUCUUCGUCAUCAUUUAUCCAUUCAAACCCCGCAUGAAACUAAAAACUUGCAUCGGUUUGAUUAUAUUCAUAUGGGUUUUUGCUUUGACCGUCACUUUUCCUUAUGGGUAUUACAUGGCUUUGCAAGACGUCUAUUGCGCAGAGGAAUGGCCAAGUGACCAAAUACGUAAGGCUUUCGGGGCUGUUACUACUAUUAUGCAAUUUGUUGUUCCCUUUAUUGUCAUGGCGUUUUGUUAUACAUGCGUCAGUAUAAAACUUAAUGAUCGACUGAAAUCCAGGCCAGGAAGCAAGAACAGUAAAAAGGAAGACGCAGAAAGGGAAAGAAAGAGGAGAACGAACAGAAUGCUUAUAGCAAUGGUCGCCAUAUUUGGCCUGUCCUGGCUACCGUUGAAUCUUAUUAAUAUUAGUAGUGAUUUCUACUCAUUAGCUGAAGACUGGACAUAUUAUAUGGUAUUGUUUUUUGUUGCGCAUUUCAUAGCUAUGUCUUCCACUUGUUACAACCCGUUUUUGUACGCUUGGUUGAAUGAGAAUUUCCGCAAGGAGUUCAAACAAAUCUUACCAUGCUUAGGGGCUUUAGUGACGAAGAAAUCAAAAAGGAAAUUCAACCAAUCAGAACGUACCGGCGCUUUUCGCUCGGAGAAGACCUGCAACGGUAAUGAAACCGUUCAAGAAUCGUUAUUGACUUCGACUGUAAAUAAAUUACCAUCCGUUAGAUACAAAAUAGAGUUCAAUGAUCAAAUGAAAGGCUUUGACGACGAAGGCAUUGAAAAUAUAAGUCCGGAUGAGAAACCAGAAGGCGAUCCGAGUCCUAAUGAAGACUGCGUAAAUAUGUAUAUGUUUGUAGAUAAAACUGUUCUAUCUUCGGAUAAGGAACCCAUCGUGUCUGCUCUAUAGCUGUAAUGGCAGAUUCAGCUGGGAGUACUUGGCCGAGUACUUUGUUUCAUUAGUUACGAGUGACUUAACUGUACCGUUUGAAAAUGUAUGCAAAUUCAUAUCAUAAUUGAGUUAUUCAUAGAAAUGGUUCAUCCUAAAAGAAAUUGCAUUGGCAUCCCAUAGCGGACUUUAUAUUCAUAGAAUAAUAAAUUUCCUUUCGACAACCCUAUCUUUUUUAAGUUCGUUUAAAAACAUACCAAACCCUUGACUGUCGUUCCUAUGUUUAAUGUUGAAUAUUUAUAGAUUAAUAUCGUUAUUAAUGUAGCAAAUAGUAUUUUAAGAAACAAAACAUCAAAAAUAGGCGUUUGUUA